UAAUAGAAAUCGAUAAGGAUGCUAAAUAUACCCGAGAAACUAAUAUUGACGGGGCUGUAUAUCAGUUAAAGUGCCAUAUGGAAUGCUUCAAUUUAUUCGACUCGCAGUAUAAUGUCAAAGCCUUCAUGGUUGCAUUAUGUAAACAAUAUUUUUCAAGUGUUUCUGGAAACGAUGAAGGUAAAUUAGAAGAACUAUUCGAAACGUUGGAAAUCAAUGACUUAGAUAAAAAAAGGAAUAGAGAAUGGCAAGUUGGAUUCGUGAGACAGGAAUGGGAAUCCAAUUUCAGUAACUACUCGCUACAGGGUGAAGAAUUAUAUAUGCACAACGAGUAUCGUGACCUUCAUAUACCAAAGGAUUGUUAUGAGGCAAGAGAGAAUCUCAAAUCCAGUUGGUCUGAACUCAAUGAGAAGGACUUCAAGAUAUAUUGGUCGAAUAUCAAUCUAAAAGUCAGAGAAGAAAAAGAACACUUCCAAUUUUGGGGAGUGGAAUGCGCCAGCGAAAAUGUGAAUAUCGAUCUGAACAAGCGAUUGGUUUUGAAGUUGUAUAACCCUUCACGCAGUCCUUCGCGAGGUAUGUUAACUCGUCGUGCCUUUCUCAAUGUAUAUGAAUAUAUCCUAAGUAAGUUUUUACUUGAAGUGAAUGCAUAUAGGGCAUUGAGAGUAGGUGACAGCGACGAAAGGAAUCUUCGUCGAGUCGAGAAGAAUUACAUUCCUCGAUUGUAUCAAUUUGGAUAUUGUGAAUGGCAGGAAGUUACUCAGUUCCAGGGUUUUUAUUUACUUAUAGAGUAUAAAGACAACGACACUUUGUCAUUGUCAGCACCCGAUCUUUUUAAGAAGAGCCUGGAAUUCCUUGGCAAAAUUCAUGUAGAGAAGUUCUUUUAUUCGCAAAAGGAUGAGGAUGCUUACACCAUCGAUUUUGGAUUGCCUAGUCCGACUAGAUUAAAGGAUUUCAAUUCAAAUAAGAUAGAACAAGAUCAAGAUGUCAUACGAUUAUACAAGGCAUGUGAAGUGGAACAGCUAGCUCCUGAUGUCAUACUAGGGGGUAGAUAUUCAAUGAUGCCGAAAUCCAAGAGACAGAGAACAUCUUAA